AUGGCUAUAUCAAUAUGGAAAGUAAGGCAUAUCGUUGCAAUUCUGACUUGUUUAUCGGCACUGGUGUCUUCACAAAUUGCGGGUGCUCCGUUUGAUUGUCGGCGGUUUACUGCGGCACAUUGUUGUUCGACGAGGAUAAGGGAAAGUUGUCCACAAAUUUGCGGCGGCUCACCUUGUAAUCGACCGAGACGUAAGAUUAUUUUGACAGCUUACACAGAUAAACUCUCAAAAAAUUUAUAUGCCAAAUGUAGACAGGAAAGAGGCAUUUAAAUUUGAAAAAAAUCUGAAAGUCUCUUUUGAGCUUUUUCCUUGCUAGAAUCCUUCCCUUUCCAUUUCGUAUUUUACCAAUAAAUUCCAGCGUUCAUUGCCAAUUUCCUCACCCAACUUCCUCCAAUGUCUCAGGUCGCUGGUGGUGGCCUCCCUCCCUUUGGCUCAUUCCCACCGCCUCAGCAGCCUCCUCCGGCGCUUUGGGGUCAACCCCCGCCUCCUCGACCCUCUCAACCAACCCCACAAGUUGCCGAACUCAUCCCCCGAGAUGGUCAUUCUCGACAACAGCCAGCGUUCCGGCCACCUCUUCCCGACCCUCAGCCUCCUCCUGGACUUGUUCUUCCACCAGCCGGGACUCCUUUGUCUAAUGGACCACCGUCCGCGGAGCCGGAUCCGGAUUGGGAGAGUCGACAGGGCGUUGGGAUCAAUCCUCAGCCUCCUCAACUGCCGCAAGCCCCUCCGCCUUCUGGGCCGUCGAUUCAUGCGUCUUCUGGAGGGCAUCCUUUUAGUAUUCCUGCUUCAGUUCCGGCGACUGUCGGGCCUCCAGAGCCCACACCUUUUCCCACGUUGAUUUCCAAUAUUCAAGCGACCACAGUUAUCCCACAAUUCGGUCCGUUCUUUGGAUCGGAAAAUGGACAUCUCACAAGCUCAUCAUCAAUACCGCCUCCAGAUACUUCGGCGGGGAAUGGGCAUUGGUCUGCGCGGUCUACAAGUCAAGGAACGUCCUCUGGAAUCGACUCACAGCCAGAGCUGCUCCCCUGGACAAAUGGGAAAGAUCUCGCAACAGGAUCUCAAGGGCAAAUCGGCCAGUCAAAACGAGAUUCAAAUUCGAGAAGUGGCAAGGCUUCCAAGAGUGGAGUAAUAACGCCUCCAUCCACUGGAGGCGCUGAAGAUUUGGUUCAAUUAGAAGGCGAGGAUGCAGCUGUAACCACGAUUGAAAAACAAUCAGUUUCGAACCAUUUUGGCGACAUUCAAGAUGGAAUUGCUCAGUCGAUCACACUUGGAAGUAAGGGAGAUUACAGUUAAAUCUUUUUUCAGUGGGUGUUGUAAUAUAUUCCGCUCAUAUUUUCAGGUCAUACAGAGCGAGUCACAACUUCUCCACACUUCCGAACAACCCGACCAGAGCCUGAUGGUCGGGUACCAUGGUCAUUCAAAAUUCAGCCAAGUUCUGUUCAAACUUUCAGCGAGAGAGAUCUCCCAUUACCUGAGGACAAGGACGAGUUCGUUGAGAUCACGGGGAAUCAUUCCAAACGUGGCUUUGAGAAGAAUUCAACCGCUCAAGGAGCUCCUUCAAAAAAUAGCACUGGUCUAGGAAGCGGUGGGAUUUUUAGUGACAGUAAGUUUGGAAGUUCGCUGUAAUUAACAUUUUAAACUUAAACAAGUAGCCUGCUCUAACAUUUUAACUUGAAAUAACAGCUUCUAAUCUAAUAUCUUCCUACUUGCCUGCAGAAUUUAACGUGGUGGUGGACGCGCUCUUCUCCAAACGCACAAUCGAAGCCAUCUCUAAUAUCACAGGAACCAGAGCGCCAAGACCGAAAAAAGGCCCCAAGGCAUUGACAACAUCACUAAUCCAUCCAACUCGAGCUCCAGAAAUUGCGACCUCAACUUUGGCGACUUUGCUGAGUGGAAAUGGAAGUCAUGUUGGGCAAUGUGGAGUGGCGCCUGACUUCAGACCUUGCGUGGGAUUAGAAGAGGCGAACAGAAGAUUGUUGGGAUGUUGCAGAGGCAAGAAUAUGCCCGAGGGCUGCUUGCCGUUGUGUCGGUUUGACACUACGCAACCUGAGGUAAGAAAAUUCAUGCUUGCAAGCAAAAAGUUGAAUGAAAGGCCCUUGGUGAGAUGCGCAGAGGCAGGAAAUUAUAAAAAAUUUUUGUGGAAACGUUAUCUUCUAAAAUCUAAAUAGCUAUGUUACUUCUACACCAAAAAUUUGCGAAAAAGUGUGCCAAAUUUCGACCUAUAAGAUCUCGGUCGUUUCAGCGAAGUAGGAGUUUUUUUUUAUCUCAGCAAAAAUUUAUCUAAACUUGUUCUAAAUUUUAUCAAUCAAUAGCUUCCAUUCUCGUAUUUUACCUUCCAGAUAAAACGCCAAUUUGACACCGGCAAGUGUGGUAUCCUCAAUGUCGCACCUUUCCUCGAAUGCGCCUCCCAACAGCAAGAUAAUCGACAGUGUUGUCAUGCCAGUAAUGUCAGUCUGAAGAGUGGACCUCAAUGCGAAGUUUUUUGUCAUCCUCGCGAUGGCCUGGGCUCUUUGGGACUUCAGCAUUUGGUUUGUCAGAAUGUAAUCAGCGAUCUCCUCAAAUGCCAUCACUCGGGUCUGAAGGUCUAG